AAAUGAUGCAACGAGGAGCCACCGUGACAAUCCUCUACUAGCUGUCACUAAUAACAGUCUUACUUAGAGAGAAGUAUUGCAUCGUGAUAAUGAGCAAUGUGGAAGCAGCCAUCAAGAAUGCCUGUGAGGCAACUCUAGGGAAACCCCCCAAGGGGAUAGUUUUGCGUCCAGCCGAAACCAACGAUAUCCCAUCAAUGCUAGACCUCCUGUCGUCCAGUGACAAGGCAAUCCAACCUCGUCACGGUGAUUCUUCUAGUGACAAGCCCAAGAUGAACGUGAUUCCAGAAGCCUGUCGUUUGGAGGGUGUCCCCAAUUUUUAUGGACUCGUCGUUAUCAAGGAUGCCACUGUCGUCGGCUUUGCCACCUUCUACAUGGCAUACUCGACAUGGGAUGCCACCGUGCUAUACCUGGACAAACUGUUUCUGCUAAAAGACAGCUCGGAUCGUCAAGCCUUGGAAUGGUCACUGCAGUUUACACUGGCGGAUAUAGCGCUCCGAUUGGGAUGUGCUCGAUAUACUUGGCAGCAUUUUGCUCCCUGUCCAAAAUACCCCAGUGAUACUCAACCAGAAGUCCUGGAUGGAUGGCUCACUCUCUAUUGGAAUUAUGACACAACAACCUACAAUAAGCUGAACCACGCUGCUUCUUGGACAGCCGAGUCGGAUCGAAAUGCCAUCAAUCAGUGCCUGCGUGAGAAACAACAAUCCAACAGUAGUGACCUGCACAUCCGUUUGUCUACGGUAGACGACUUGGAUCACAUUGAACGACUGGUCCAGGGAUUGGCAGAAUUCGAAAAGGAACCGGAAAGUGUUCACGUCACCAAAGAACACUAUCGUCGCGACGGGUUUGGACAACAAUCCCCACUCUUUCAUUGUCUGCUCUUGGAAGAUCAUUCAUCAUCGCCGCCAUAUGUGUGUGGCAUGGCAUUUACCUAUUUUGGCCACUCCUUUGGUCAAGGUCGCUUUUUGUAUUUGGAAGACUUGUACAUGGAGGAACCGUACCGUGGAAAAGGGGGUGGGACGAUGGUCAUGCAAACCCUACAAGACAUUGCCCAAUCUACAGACUGUGUACGAGCCGUGUGGCAAGCCCUGGAUUGGAACACUCCCGCCUUGACAUUCUACAACAAGAUUGGUGCUGCUGUCCAAGAAGGUCUGAUUACGUCCAGGUUUGCCGGGGAAAGCCUGCAAAAGUUCUACAAGGAGCGAAAGGAUUACUAAAAGUAAGUAGCUUGCUCUACUCUUUCCUACAUCGACACCUACAUGUAUCAUCUUUUCUGAGCAGUACAGAGGUAGAUCCAUCUUGUGUCU